AUUCUGCUUGUCCUCGGAUACUGUGUGAAUUAAGCUGCCACUUAAUGAGCCUACUGUUCUGUCUAUACCUAGAAAUGUGUUAAUGAAGAUCUGUCUACCCUCCCGCCUUCUUCUCCAUCUGUAACACACCCUGAGCUGGAGCUACAGACACCAUCCACAGAUCUUAUCUGUGUUCUGCAGGAGAGAAGAGCCAAGAUCUGCCUAGACUCCCUACCAUGUCAAGCUCAGGAGGUCUUCCACCAAGCAGUAACCGUAAAUUGCUUCAAACUCAGGCCCAAGUCGAUGAGGUGGUGGACAUCAUGCGUGUAAAUGUGGACAAGGUCCUAGAUCGCGACCAGAAGCUGUCAGAGCUGGAUAACAGGGCAGAUGCACUCCAGGCCGGGGCCUCGCAGUUUGAGACAAGUGCAGCCAAACUUAAGAGGAAGUACUGGUGGAAGAACUGCAAGAUGAUGAUGGUCAUGGGAGUGGUAUGUGCGCUACUGUUCAUCAUCCUUAUAAUUUAUUUCUGCACUUGAUGCUGUAGGAAAAAUGUAUUCGUUAAAACCUUCUUCACCACUGCUCUUAUUUUGGUGCUUGUGCUUCACUUUCCUUCCUCUUACAGAGGGGGUUCAAUAUUUACACUUACAUUGUUUGGCAAUAAUUUGUAUUGUGAGAAGAAAUCCGAAUGUGACGGAUUUAUUUUGAAUGCAAUGAAACACUGCCAUGGUGACAUUUUAUGUUUUAUGUAUGGAAUUGUCAGUUAUGUGAUCGGAGAUGAUAUUGCAGCCUGAUAUAUAAUAAAACAAAGUUGUUGGGUUUGACCAUA